UUGUGCACGAACACCGCCGGGCGAUGCGGACGUCGGCAACGACCUACUCGAACGGGACGGCGUCGUCCGCGACCGAGUUCAGCGUCCAGACGUUGCUCCAUGCAGGCCUCGAUGAGAAUGUGUCGGUGCCCCUACAGCUCGCGUUUAUCUUGGCUGUGACGUUGUUUGUCCUCGGGUUUCAGUUCAUCCUCGAGUCCGUGGAAGCUGUCAUUGAGCGGCAUCCGACGUACUGGACGCUUCUCAACAAGAUGUACCGCGAAGUCCUCAUGGGGGGUCUCACCGAGUUCGUGUCGCGGCGUAUUGAUCAAUGGGACGUGCUGUCCCAGUACAGCCAAGCCAAGCUGAACCUGAGCGACUCGAUGGUGCUGUACUUUUCGCUGUCGAUCGCAAUUCAAUCGGCACUCAUGUUUAUGAUGCUACGUCGGCGCAACCGCAAGGUGGACGCGCUGUCGGUGCUCGGGGCCCGGGACCUCCUCGAGUACAUGAACGCGGACCCUGUUCGGGCAGCGUCGAGGCUGUCGCAGUCGGCGAUCAAGACCAAAAUCCUCCAACACUUCUUCCUGACCACGUUUGGCCUACCCGAUUUAUUUUCGUUCCCCAAGUACCUCCGGUCGAUCCAGGACACGGAGAUCUUUUCGCUCUUUGACAUUGAAAUCAUCGAGUGGCUGCUCCUCGUCGCCGUGUACACGUUUUUCUUUUGGAUGGCCGACUUUUUCGAAGUCACGCGGUUCAUUCCGGAAACCGCGACGGACGUGACGAUCGAGGCCGGCGUCGGGCUCGCCAACGCCGAGCGCAUUCAGGCUAGCCGCGUCGUGAUCCUGCUCUUCUUUGUGCUGGUGCUGUCGUUGUCGCUGCUUUCGCUCUACUACUUCAUUCGCCACCGCGUGCACCAGAUCGUGGUCCACGCGGGAGGUCACCGCGAGUCGUACGUGGAAGCACUGACAGAGAUCGCCGCGAUCGAAGACAUUCGCCUCGCGACGCCCAUCUCGAACAAUCAAGCGAUUGCCAUGAUGGCGACGCUCGCGGAAUCCCUCUCGGACGUCGAAGAUCACUCGAGCAUUUGGGACUUGAUCAUGUCUGGCCUUCGGUACGUCGCGGGCCGGUCGCACCAAGCCAAAGCGAACGCGUUGCCGAGUCGAGAUCUCCACCUCCGCUUCUUCAGCCGAAAAGCAAUUCACGUGUUUGCCAAGAUCCUGCUCUCGUUCAACGCCAUGUACUUUGCCUUGAUCUGGGCGACAUUCAAUGCCAGCAUCGGUCCGGUCAUUUCGUCCGGCUAUGCCGUGUGGUACCCUCCCGCGCUGGUCGGGAUCAUGGCCGUCCUCGUGUUCAACAUGAUGUUCUUCGCACCGCGCCUCGUGCGCCAACUCGCCCUCGUCAACGCGACUGUCCGCAUCAACCCGAACGAGCUCAAGGCCGUGAUCGAACACUACUCGGACGUGUUGGAAAUGCAGGGCAAGAUGGCCGAGGCGAUUGCGGCAUUCUGCGACGCCAACCUCAAAGACAUGUCAGAUUUUGAAGCGGACGUCAUGGCGCUUGACGCCGACCAGACCCAAGUUGUCGAAGUCGAAGCGCUGCGCAGUCUCAUCAAGCGGUACGGGUUCCGCUUUUCCAAAAACAAGUUUCAAACGUUCGUGCGGCUGCAAUUCCACACUCGGGGCACAAAAGUCCCAUACGUGGAGUUUACGACGCUCCUUGCGAGCUUGCUGCGGCAAAUCCAGCGCGACGAUGUGGAGCGUGGCAGCAGCGACGACGACGACGUGAUGCAUCCCGAUUUGCACCACUCAAAUCAACUGCAUGACGAGGCUGUGGACAAUGCCGCCAUCGCGGCCACGGCCUCGCUCCAUGAAGCCAUCGGCUUGUCGACCAAGAAGCGAGACAUGCCCCUUCGGCAAGCCAGCAGCGGUAGCUUUCGACGGCCGACACCGCUGCUCCUUCACACUCUCUCGGCUUACCAGCGCGUGAACGCCGAGGACGACGCGACCGAAGAAGCGGCGGCAUAUGCAUCCAUCCACACCCCCGGUCGGGCUGCACCUACCGCGGCACCGACGUCAUCCAACGGUCCAUCGUCCACACCGCCGCAUUAAGGCAAAUCAUGAAAACAAGUAAUCGACGAAUUUUCGCAUUGGGGA